CAGCGGCAGCGGCAGCGGGUGGCAAUACUAUGGAUGUGGUGCAGGCAGCUGGAAAUCAAAGUCCAAUUGGCACAAACACGCGGUAAAUAGAAAUCGCAAUCGAGGCUUGCAAUUGAAAAUAGAAAUUCGCAUUCAAAUGCAAAUAGAAAUAGAAAUAGAAAAUAGAAAAUUGCCACGAGAGACCCCAAACAACAAACAGGCAAAAAAACAACUAAAAUACCCAUAAAAUAACACACAAAAACAAAGAGAGGCGAGAAAUAGUAAGAGAAAAUUGGAAGAGAGCAGCUGCUGCUGCUGCUGCUGCAGCAAAUAACUGAACCACAACGACAAAAACAAGGACAACAGCAACAGCAACAACAACAACAACAAUAUGGAGAAGCUACUGCUAUCGCCGGCACUGUUUGUCAUUUUGAUAAUGGCCACAAAAUGCGGCAAUGCCGUCGCACAGAAUCAGCAUCACGAGAGCAAUUCCCAAUUGGAUCCCGAUCCGGAGUUCAUUGGCUUCAUCAACAAUGUGACAUAUCCAGCUGGACGCGAGGCCAUACUCGCCUGUUCGGUACGAAAUCUGGGCAAGAAUAAGGUGGGCUGGUUGAGGGCCUCCGAUCAAACUGUGUUGGCCCUGCAAGGACGCGUGGUUACACACAAUGCGCGGAUCAGUGUCAUGCAUCAAGAUAUGCACACAUGGAAACUGAAGAUCAGCAAGCUGCGUGAGAGCGAUCGUGGCUGCUACAUGUGCCAAAUCAACACGAGUCCCAUGAAGAAGCAAGUUGGUUGCAUCGAUGUUCAAGUCCCACCCGACAUCAUCAAUGAGGAUUCGUCCGCUGAUAUGGCCGUGCAGGAGGGUGAGGAUGCGACGCUCACCUGCAAGGCCACUGGCAAUCCUCUGCCCCGCGUUAUCUGGCGCCGGGAGGAUGGCGAAAUGAUACUCAUACGAAAGCCAGGCAGUCGUGAGCUGAUGAAAGUGGAGUCGUACAAUGGCUCUUCAUUGAGAUUGCUUCGCUUGGAGAGGCGCCAGAUGGGCGCCUACCUGUGCAUUGCCUCCAAUGAUGUUCCGCCGGCAGUCAGCAAACGCGUGUCGCUCAGUGUGCAGUUUGCGCCCAUGGUGCGUGCGCCCAGCCAACUGCUUGGCACACCGCUGGGCUCCGAUGUGCAGCUGGAAUGCCAGGUGGAGGCCUCGCCCUCGCCCGUCUCCUACUGGCUGAAGGGGGCGCGGACCUCGAAUGGGUUCGCCAGCGUCUCCACAGCGAGUCUGGAGUCUGGGUCGCCAGGGCCCGAAAUGCUGCUCGAUGGGCCCAAGUAUGGGAUAACGGAGCGGCGCGAUGGCUAUCGCGGGGUCAUGCUGCUGGUGGUGCGUUCCUUUUCGCCCUCCGAUGUGGGCACCUAUCACUGCGUCAGCACAAACUCGCUGGGCCGUGCCGAAGGCACGCUGCGGUUAUACGAAAUCAAGCUACAUCCUGGUGCCGCGGCCAGCAACGAUGAUCAUCUCAAUUACAUCGGAGGUCUCGAGGAUGCGGCACGCAAUGUGGCCACCAGGAGGCACACAACGUGGCAGCUGCUGUGGAUGCUGAUGCUGAUGUUGCUGCUGAUGCGGCUGCGACUGCGGCCUGGGGGAGCGUGAUAUCAAAACUGAAUAAGGAGCCGGCAAUCAAGUAUUCCUACACGAUUCCCUCGGACAUCGACAUCGACUACAACAUCGACAUCGACAUCUAUCGCCUGCAUUCUUGUUGUUUGCGUUUCCAUUACCAUUUGCGUUCUGCGUUUUGUGUUCUGCGUUUCUUGUCUCCUUAGUGUAUAUCCCUCGCCACAUACAAACAUACAUACAAACAAACAUAUACAUAUACAUAUACAUAUACUGCCUAGGGCGCCGUCCUGCGCCAGAUAUCAUUUGCAUACGUAUCAGGAAUCGCGUUGUUCCCACCAUUACCAGCAAACCCAGGCCCUGGACCUGGACCCUGGCCCCUGGCACUGGCUACACCUCGCAAUUGCGAAAUUGCACGGAAAUAUCAAAAGUGGACAAUUGGAUACCCAGCUCCAGCCCCAGCCCCAUUCGCCACACCACCCCCUCCCCCAAACAUAAUGUUACAUUGCAUAUAAAUUAAAUAUGAAUACUAUAAAAUAGUGCAUAAAAUUUAUUAUCAUAAUAUAAAUAACGACAAAAUUAUUGAAUAAAUUAUCGCAAAA